AUGGCAAUAUCCGCCACGCCGUCCUUGCCGCACCUUCUUUAUCAACAUGAUCCGAUAACCACGUUAUCGAUGCUUCCUCCCCAGAAUGUUACGCGUCUGGAGCCUUUGUCGCCGACAAAGAAACCGAAGUUGUCGCUGAACACUUCGAAUCUCGCGCCAACCUUUCAUGGCACAGUCAGCCGGCAGACAGGCAUCACCACGAACGCCACUGCAACCCCCACCACCUUGAACACGUUCAACAACACGUUUGAUCUCACAUAUCGACCAUCACCAGUGUCUACAUUGUCAUCACCGGGAACCCACUCUCAGUGGAAACCGAGCGGACACCCGUCAUCACCCAGCACAAGACUAUCCAAUCAACCAUACAACUUGAGUCUACCAUUCGGAAUCCGUCCUAUCUUGAAGAACAGCCCGCUCUGUGGGGACACUCACCGUUCCUCGAUCAGCGCCAGCCCGCGGGUACCUGGACGAAAAGUGUUCUUUCCGGCACCCAAAAAAGUAACGUUUCGAGCACAGCUGGAGGACGAAAUUGUCACGAAGCGGUAUGUAGAGCGUCACGUUGACUUGAGCUCCUCGGAAGAUGAAUCAGCCCCAUCAGAGACGGAUGAUCGAAGCAAUACUUCGAGCGAUGAAGAAGAGGUUGGUGGGGGCCGACCGACGAUCCUGGUAGAUGAGUUCUCGGUACAGGGGAGGAGGAAACGGAAGUCUGUGGCCCUAUCUCCAUCUCCUGCGACUGAGGUAGGCCGCGGUAGAGAUGACAUUUCACGGAGUACAUCAACUCGCAGAUCGAAACGGAAGCGGAGGAGAUGGGAAUGGACCAUACAGUCCGAAGGGGUUGAGAGUUCCAAAGCUCCAGUGCCAGUGACGGAGCCUGAAGAUGUCGAAGAAGGCCGAGUGUCCAUAAGCCUUGAACUACCGACAUCUCCUGCUCACAAGGAGACGGAAAAGUCUGGGGCCUUGCAUGAGGCUGCGAGUCCGGCACUGGCAAGUGCUCAAUCUGUUUAA